AUGUAUACUUACAAGUCAUUAGGGAAGGAGUCAGGAAACAUGCCAAGUCUUUGGAGUUUUGUGCUCGCAAUUGCAGGAACAGUUCUGGUCCUCAGUCUCUUAUUGGUUGUGAUUUAUCGUUUGGUUUUACGCAGAAGACGGGACCAGUUCCAGAGGCGCAUCGCCGCUGGCCAGGUCGAUGUCGAGGCGCUCGCAUUGAACCAAAUGAGAGCACCUCGAGAUGUGGUUGAGAAAAUGCCUCUUUACACCUACUUGGACGUAAACCCAUCAUCAGAGUCAUCAGUCCAUCGAAAGAGCACCUCUGAGGAUGAGACUGAAAAUGGCAGUGAUAAUAAAGCGAGCUCACCUGCAGUCAAAGAAGAUGCCAAACAAGAUGCCGAUCAAGACACCAGGGAAGACGAUCAACCUCUGGACGACGCUGGACUCAAAAAGCCCGAGCCAGCAGCAAUCAACCCUGGGAAGCAAGAAAAAGAUAAUUCGACACGAAGCAAGUACCGACUGAGCCAUACACAAACAACCUGCGCGAUUUGCAUCGAUGAUUUUGUGGCUGGAUCUUCAAUAGUUCGCGAGCUGCCUUGUGGACAUAUUUUCGAUUCAGAGUGCAUUGAUCCUUUCCUGACAGACAACAGCUGCCUUUGCCCUCUGUGCAAGACGAGUGUUCUACCGGCUGGCUCAUACUGCAUCUCUGUUACCAAUGAAAUGGUUCGACGAGAGCAUGUUUCGAGCCAAUCCGAAUGA